AUGGCCCAACCACAAGUGAAUUAUGAGAGACUUCAACGCAUGUUCAAGAACAUCGCAGCGUCAGUGUCGAGUCGGAGCUUUGGCGCAUUGUCGCGUCCAUUUGACAUAAAGGCGAUCAACCACACUUCAAGGGCACUUCCAGACCUGAAAAGCAUUGAUGGACGUUUAGAAUUCCAUAUAGUCACAGAAGAAGAUGCGGUGUCUGGUCUGCAACAUCUCAAAGGCCUCGCUCAAGUCCACGGUGUGCCAUCGAAGUUCGCCCCGCGAAAGGCCAAAUACAAAGCACGCGCAUUGGAGUGGUUCCGUCAGAAACAGACCUUGACUGCCCAGGACUGGAUCCUCCACGUUGACGAGGAGACUAUGCUCGACCACUUCGCCCUCCGCGCGUGCCUGGAGACCGUUGAGACUGACGGCAAGGCCUCGAUUGCCCAAGGAGUCAUCCUAUACAACGCCCGCCACUAUUGGAAGAACAUUCUGACCACGUACGCCGACUGUGUGCGUACAUUGGACGACUUUGGCCGAUAUCAAUUUCAGUUCAAUCAUGUCCACCGCCCAGUCUUUGGUAUGCACGGUGCAUACCUCUUGAUCAAUGGGGAAGUCGAGAAUGCAGUCACCUGGGAAACAGACAAUCUGACCGAGGAUUAUUGGUUCGCACUGCAAGCCGAUCGUCUGGGAUUCCGAUUCGGUUGGAUUCCCGCCAUUGCGAGAGAACAAUCGCCGACCAAUCUCUGGGAUUUCUGGCAACAACGCCGGCGUUGGGCCACGGGAAUCUUGACGGUACACACACGGUUGGCUGUCGCUUUUGUCGCGCUCUGGGCAUGGCAGUCUCUGGAGGUUGUCUUGUAA